CUUGUGCAUGCUGUGUGUGUGCUAGUCGAGAUUUUCCCGCGAAGGUGUCUCGAGUAAAGGAAUCAGGGCGGCAGCACCUCCCCGCUCCGCAUAGGCGCGUUCUGCCUUUGCUGCGCCCGGUGCGGCUCCGUGUAGUUCGGGGUAUGGAUCAGUAACAGGGGUUACGCCGGGGGAUGUUCUUCAUGGUGGGGGUUAUCGGUUUUCUGGACAUAUUCGUGUUCCAUCAUGAGGGUGUUCUCGGGUUAGCUACAGAAGGAUGGCUUACUGCGCACGAGAAGGCCGCACGGUCUGUGGCGUGUUGGCGAUACUUAUGUUUGCUCCCUGUUUUAUUCGCUAUUCCUUUUCAUUACGCUUCGUUCUUGACAAAAGUGGAUGAUAGAUUUAUGAAAGGGUCACGAAUAUGAAUAUAUUACCAAUCUACUGUCCUCUGUAGAAUUCAGUAGCUUCGUAU